UUUAUGGUGCCAACAAAUCUGUAAAGCCAGGUGGAAUGGAUUAGGUGAGGGCAGUAAACCGGGUUUCAAAUUCAAAUCGAUGUUCUACGUACGAGCGAAGCAGUAGAUUGGAAACUUCGAACAAGCUGAAACCCCCAAUCAGAUGAAAGAUUCUAAGAACAUGGUUAUUACCAUUAUCGCAAUAACCGUUUUCUCAAUGACCAAAUUUACACCUUCAUCUCUACGACCGUCAUACCCGGGGAAUCCCAUACAUUUUGUGUGGGAAGUUAUUCUUUUUCAAACUAAAACUUCAAUAUCUUUUGUUGCAUUGAAACAUCAAAUUAGAUACAAAGGUACGGCCGUUAAUCUUAUUUAAUUUAGUGAAUAAAUGGGAUUUUUUAAGUCUCGUUCACUAUUUUUUAAUAUUUUUUUAAGUUUGACAAUUUGCCUUUUAAAUGGAUUUUAUUUCUGCUGUUCUAUGAAAAGUACGUUAAAAGUACCUUUUUGGAUUAUUUUUUUAGAUGAGUUUUAAUUAAUUAUUCUUUUUUAUUGUUUUAAAGGAAAUACUAUAAAUCAUAUUUGUUUGGUAAGUACGGUUUUCUCUAUCGGUAAUAUGUUUUUCUAAUUGAAAACUGAUUAGAAGAGAGCACAUUUGGGGAAAAACAGAAGGACAUGGUGCAUAUUUAAAUAAUAUGCAAAGCAUUUUGAGUUUUUUUUAAAUGAAAAUAAAUUGAAUAAUAAAAAAUAUGUUUAAAAACAUAUUUUUAUGAAGAAUUUCUGCUUUUCUAUUCAUAAUCAAUUAAAAUAAUCAGAAUCGUCCAUCAAGUGCAACAUUACUAAUGCAUUCAAUAUGGUGGCUGCAUUGAAGGCUGUCCAUGAAGAAAUUGGUUAUACAUUACAAAAAUUUAAAAAAAUAUUGAAUGAAACUUUAAAAAAUCCCAUUCCCUCAAUAAAGUGAAAAAGAAUAAUGUCUUGCUCUUUUGACAAAAUUUGUAAUUAAAAUAUUCAUUACAUAAAAAGUUAUGAAAGUAUUAAAAUCGAAAGCUACCACUUCCCAUACAAAAUGUAUGGAAUACCCGGGUAUGCCGGUAGGACCAUCUUUCAAUACAAAGUUAUAUCAGUUAUAAAAUGAAAAUCAUACCCGGGUAUAGAAAAGGGUUAAGAAAAGAAAAGAAAUAAUUACACCUCGUGACGAAAGCGCAAUCCAAACGCAUCGAAACGCUCGGGUACGCAAAUCAGUAAAUAAUUUACAAAAAAUGUCACGCUGCAUUUCGUACGCCGGGAGCCUACAUGCGCAUGGAUGAUGGCAUUACGCACGCUGCCGAAACGAAUAAAACUGCUUUCGGUGUGUAUUUUCUUAAACUGCGUUGAUUUCACCACCACCGACGAGUGCGUUAUGUAACUUAUUUGAAGUCUGAGGUUUGGUGGUGUGCGUCAUAUGGUUAAUAUUCUCAUAUUUUCCAAAAAAAAGAAAAACAAAAAACAAAACGCUGCGUUUGCCCAGUCGGCAACAGUACCGGGUUGAUAUUGCUGCGCGUUACUGCUAAGCCCGCUUAAUAAUAAUCCCAAGAUCGUCCACCUCGGUCAACCACUGCCACGGUACAACGAAACUACAAACUUCUUCUACAACCGAAGAUGAUGACCAGCUGGUUUACCAAUAAUGUUAAUCAAGCAAGAAACAUCGUCCUUGCCAGUAGCGGCGUAUGCGUUGUCGCUCUGAAGUUAUUGCAGUACUGGCGAUCACGAUCGCUGCAGCCGAUACGGAAGCUGAGCACAAAGGACGUAGUCAUUAUUACGGGUUGCGAUUCUGGCCUAGGCUACAAUAUGGCCUGCAUGUGUCUGCAGGCCGGCAUGACGGUGAUGGCGACGUGCGUAAGCAAGGAGUCCGACGGAUACAAAAGCUUGCAAUCGCGCGGAAAGCAAACGGGACAGCUUGUCUGCUUCAUCAUGGAUCUGAACAGCCAGGAAAGCAUUGCAGACACGCACAGCGCAAUAAGGAAAUGGUUUGCAGCAAAUCAUCCAGCUCGUCUGUAUGCGCUUGUUAACAACGCGGGCGUCAUGUGUUUCGGGGAGGCGGAAUGGCUUUCCAGCAACCUCACCAAGCUGCAGCUUAAUGUAAACGUAAUCGGUGCCAUCCAGUUCACGCUACCCCUGCUCGAGCUGGUCCGGGAGAACCGAGCGCGUCUGAUCGUCGUUACCAGCCACUGCGGACGGCAGGCCCUGCCGGGGCUGAGCGUUUACUCCGCGACCAAGGCGGCACUGCGCGCCUGGACCGAUGCGGUGCGCAUGGAGCUGUCCUGCCACGGCGUGCCGGUGGUCGAGUUUAUGCCCGGCUCGUUCCUGUUUCAUUCCAACAUUUGCGCCCAGCAGCUGCAGUACUUCGACGAAAUGUGGUCGGCGAUGGGCGCUAACCAGCGUGCGUUCUACCAGGACUACUUCGAUCGCUACCGGGGGUAUCUGGCGCCGCUCUGCCAACCGCGCGCGCUGGAAAGCUUCAGCGAAAGCGAUCCGCUAACGGGCUGCAUGCGACGGGUACUGUUCGACGCAUCGCCCCGGUCGCUGUACAUCUGCGAACCGUGGCGGUACUUCUGCUACUACAAUGCCUUCCGCUACCUGCCGAACGUGUUGAAGGAUCGGCUGGUGCGCCGAUUUGUGGCCAUGCCAGUGUACUGACGACCUCCAAAUCCGAAUAUCUAGGAACUCACUACCUAUUUUUUGAUUCCUCAAAGGGGUUUAGCUUAGUUUUGCAGACUAGUAUUUGCCUGCGUUCGUGUAAUAACGGAGAAUAAAACCUCGCAGGAGAUGUUAUACCUAUUAUUAGCAUUUUAAAUCUAGCGAGGCAUAGUUCUGCUUUAGUGUUGGGUUUCAUGAAUCUUUCGUUGAGAUUUAUUCAUAGGAAUCUUCAGUGACGAGUGAUUCGAAUCUCGAGUCGAAUAUUCAAAGAUUCAUGAAUCUAUAAAGUUUAAUGAAUCUUCAUGAAUUUUUCAAUAUUUACAAAUCUCCAAGGAUUCGUGAAUCUCAUAAGAUUCGUGAAACUAUAAGAUUCAUAAAUCCAUUAAAAUUCAUAUAUUUCCAGGGAUUUAUGAAUCUUUAGAGAUGUAUGAUUUCCAAAAUAUUGAAUUUGUCCAAUCCCACCUCAAACUUGCCCGCUGGUGGUUCAAACCUUGCAUGGACCUGAGUCUCCACGUAGCAAAACAAACUAUCCGGCGGCGUAGUACUUUCCAAGAAGUCUCGAAAGCCUGGACAGGCUAGCAUGACCACGUAGAUCGUUACGCCAAGAAGAAGAAUAAUAAAAAAAAGCCCAAGCUUUAUGCUUUUUUAGAGAUUUAUGAAUCCCUGGAGAUUCGAUAAUCUUUCGAGAUACAUGGAUAAUUCCUAAAUCUUAGAAAUUUCUUGAAUUUUUGAAAUUCAAGAACCUUUUCAACCGAGAUUAACAUUCAAUGAAUCAUUCCGAAGAUUCAUUCAGAUUCAUGAAUCUGAGUCAGAUUUACCCAACACUAAUCUGCAUUAUUGUUUUUACGCACGAUUUUCGCUUCUCAUUCCAUCGCUUUUGAUUAGUAAAAUACUAGUAAAAUCAGUGAAAAUUGCUACAAAAAUAAGUCUGAACUGCAUAAAGGCAACCCUGUCGGAUGAUUGGGUCGUUUGAGUUGCUUUACAAAAAUAAAGAAAUAUUUUUAAAGUAAA